AUGUCGACGACCGUGGAGAAGAUCAAGCAAAUUGAGGACGAGAUGGCUCGGACUCAAAAGAACAAGGCGACGGCAUUUCAUUUGGGCCAACUCAAAGCGAAGCUUGCAAAGCUAAAACGAGAGCUGUUGACUCCAUCCGGCGGUGGCGGUGGAGGUGGUGUCGGUUUCGAUGUCGCUCGUACCGGUGUUGCCAGUGUUGGUUUCAUCGGCUUCCCCUCCGUCGGCAAGAGUACAUUAAUGAGCAAAUUGACUGGCCAACAUUCCGAAGCCGCGGCAUACGAGUUCACAACCUUGACGACCGUUCCCGGCCAGGUGCUAUACAACGGUGCGAAGAUUCAGAUUCUCGAUCUUCCUGGUAUCAUUCAGGGUGCCAAGGAUGGUAAAGGUCGUGGUCGACAGGUCAUCGCAGUGGCCAAGACUUGCCAUCUCAUUUUCAUCGUCCUUGACGUCAACAAGCCGCUGCUCGACAAAAAGAUCAUCGAGAACGAAUUGGAAGGGUUCGGUAUCAGAAUCAACAAACAGCCACCCAACAUUGUUUUCAAGAAGAAGGACAAGGGUGGUCUUGCCAUCACUAGCACCGUCCCGCUAACACAUAUUGACCAAGAUGAAAUCAAAGCUGUCAUGAAUGAAUAUAAGAUUUCUUCUGCAGAUAUUUCCAUCAGAUGUGAUGCCACCAUUGAUGAUCUAAUUGACGUCCUCGAGGCUAAGAGCCGAAGUUAUAUCCCAGUCAUCUACGCCCUGAACAAGAUCGACUCCAUUUCAAUCGAGGAGCUGGAUCUUCUUUACCGAAUUCCCAACGCCGUCCCAAUCAGUUCCGAGCAUGGCUGGAAUAUCGAUGAGCUUCUGGAACAAAUGUGGGAGAAACUCAAUCUCAGACGGGUUUACACGAAGCCCAAGGGAAGGGCUCCUGAUUACACAGCUCCUGUUGUCCUGAGAUCAAACGCGUGCACAGUCGAGGACUUCUGUAACGCCAUUCACCGGUCGAUCAGGGAACAGUUCAAGGUUGCCAUUGUCUAUGGCCGCUCCGUCAAACACCAGCCGCAGCGAGUCGGUCUCUCGCAUGAGUUGGCGGAUGAGGAUAUUGGUAUGCCACCCCUGCGCUCUACAUUAUGCUUCGUGCCCGUCAGAGCUGACGAGUCGACAUAG